UUCCUCCGCCGCGACCCUGGAACCCUCCGGCGGAUCGCCGGCCUGUCAGUUGUGGGCGCGCCCCUCCUUCCGUCCCUCCCUCCCUCCCGGGUUCGCUCCUGAUCUCUGCCCGUGCCCAGUGCGAAAACUUUCUAGACUCCCAGGUAGGGAGAACCCCCGGGUCAGCACUGUCAUCUGCUCUAAUACCAAAUACUCGGCCUGUGUGGGAAAAGCGGCCGGCCUCGGGGUUCCCUGCCCUGCCUUGGGGAGCCUCCGCACAAACUCUUCCGACCCUUGGAGCAGAAAUGGCGUGGGACCUGGGCCAGACCCGUCUUGCAGUGACUCAGAGCCGCCCGCCCGUACUGGAAGGACAGGGUCAAUGGCCCGUAGCCACCUCUCCCUUCUGAACUGAUUCAUGCCACCCCCGUGAUGUGAUUUCAGUCCCGGGUGUCUUCAUCUCUUCCUUGUGACUCCCCUCCGCUUUGCUCCUCACAUACCCCCUCUGGUUUUCCUGCCUCUCUCUUCAGCGGUGGGACACAAGACUGGACCAAAGCCUCCAGGGAAGAGCUCUCUCAUCAAGGAAGGCCCCACUCAUGGACCCUUCUCAGGACAACCCAAAGGCACCAGCAAGGCUGCUCUCCUAAGCCACAGAGGGCCUGGGCACACCAUCCUCUGCGAGGAGUCAUGGUGUUGCCGACAGGCAGCUCCCAGCUGAGGUCUGGCCCAGGAGGGGGCAGUGGCUGCAAAAGCCCCCGAGGCAUGCUCAGGGCUGCCCUGCUGCUUGCCAGCCUGUCUUGGGGGGUACAGGGAACAGCCAUUGCCAACCUCAGCUCAGCUCUGGGCCACCCUGGGCCACUGCCAGGGGGUCCCUACUUGAGCAUUGGGGAUGGCUCCGUGGUGGAGUUUGAGUUCCCAGAGGAUAGCGAGGGCAUCAUCGUGAUCUCGAGCCAGUACCCAGGCCAGGGCAAUGGGCCAGGGCCCAGCCCCACACUGAGGGUUACCUCCUUGGCCACAGAGGUGCUGACCAUCAAGAACGUGAGUGCCAUAACCUGGGGCAGUGGGGGCGGCUUUGUGGUGGGCAUCCACUCGGGCCUGGCUGGGGUAGCCCCCCUCCACAUCCAGCUUCUGGACCCCAGUGAAUCCCCACCCACGCUGAUCGAGGAGCGGAAAGAUUUCUGCAUCAAGGUCUCACCUGCCGAGGAUACCCCCGCCACCGUUGGCACCGACCUAGUCCACUUCUCAGAGAACCCGAUACUCUACUUGCUCCUGCCUCUCAUCUUUGUCAACAAGUGUUCAUUCGGGUGCAAAGUGGAGCUGGAGGUCCUGAAGGGGCUCCUUCACAGCCCCCAGCCCAUGCUGCUCGGCCUGUUGGGCCAGUUUCUCGUCAUGCCAUUCUAUGCUUUCCUCAUGGCCAAGGUCUUCAUGCUGCCGCAGGCCCUGGCUCUGGGCCUCAUCAUCACCUGCUCAUCACCUGGUGGCGGGGGGAGCUACCUCUUCAGCCUCCUCCUUGGAGGGGAUGUCACCUUGGCCAUCUCCAUGACCUUCAUCUCCACGGUGGCUGCCACUGGUUUCCUGCCACUGUCCUCUGCUGUGUACAGCCGCCUGCUCAGCAUCCACGAGACACUCCACGUGCCCAUCUCCAAGAUCCUGGGGAGCCUUCUGUUCAUCGCCAUCCCCAUCGUUGUAGGUGUGCUGAUCAAGUCCAAGCUCCCCAAGUUCUCGCAGCUGCUGUUGCAGGUCAUCAAGCCGUUUAGCUUUGUGCUGCUCCUGGGCGGCCUCUUCCUGGCCUACCGCAUGGGGGUCUUCAUCCUGGCGGGCGUCAGGCUGCCCAUCGUGUUGGUGGGCCUCACCGUGCCCCUGGUUGGCCUCCUGGUGGGCUACUGCCUGGCCAUGUGCCUGAAACUGCCCGUGGCCCAGCGGCGGACAGUCAGCAUCGAGGUAGGGGUGCAGAACAGUGUGCUGGCCUUGGCCAUGCUGCAGCUGUCCCUCCGCCGCCUUCAAGCCGACUACGCCUCGCAAGCCCCCUUCAUUGUGGCGCUGAGUGGCACCUCGGAGAUGCUGGCCUUGGUUAUUGGGCACUUCAUCUAUAGCAGCAUGUGCCCAGUUCAAUGAGGCCCCUGGGUCAAGCUUUUGCUACCCCCCUGCCCCUACCCUACCCCCACCGCCCCUACAGUUCUUGUGUACCAAAGGCCUUUAGUUCUCAUGCACUAUGCACUCAGAAAAAUCCAGGCUUAUUUUUGUUACUGGUUUUUUUAUUCUCCAGCUUUCAGUGCCAAAGAGGCCAUGCUGAGUUACGUAGGCGGGCACUGCCCAGAAAAUAUAUUUCAAUAAAAGAGAGAAGCAAG